CGAAAGAGGAAGCGGCGGCGGCUCCGCCCCGGCCGGCCCGAGCGCGGCGGCGGCUCCGGGGUACCGACGCAGCGAUGGAAGAGCCCAGCUGCUGCCAGGAUGCGGCCAAGUUGGCGGCGGGCGAGGGGCUGGGCCCCGAGAUGCAGCUGGACGACGUGGUGGGGACGCACCCCGACUACAACGAGGAGGAGGAGGAGCAGAAGUACUUCCGCCGCAAGCGCCUCGGCGUGGUGAAGAACGUGCUGGCCGCCAGCCUGGCCGCCACGCUCACCUACGGCGUCUACCUGGGCCUGCUGCAGAUGCAGCUCAUCCUGCACUACGACGAGACCUACCGGGAGGUGAAGUACAGCAACAUGGAGCUGGAGGACAUCGACCGCAAGGUGCUGAUGGGCAUCAACGUCACGCCGGUGGCGGCGCUGCUCUACACGCCCGUCCUCAUCCGCUUCUUCGGCACCAAGUGGACCAUGUUCCUGGCCGUGGGGAUCUACGCCCUCUUCGUCUCCAGCAACUACUGGGAGCGCUACUUCACGCUGGUGCCCUCCGCCGUGGCCAUCGGGGUGGCCAUCGUGCCCCUCUGGGCCUCCAUGGGCCACUACAUCACGCGGAUGGCGCAGAAGUACUACGAGUACGCCAACUACAAGGAGGAGCACGUGCAGGAGCAGCGGCAAGCGCCGCGGGGUGCCUGCAGCACCUACGUCAUCGUCUUCCAGACCAUCUUCUACGCCUGCUUCCACCUGAGCUUCGUCUGCGCACAGAUGCCCAUGCUCUUCUUCCUCAACAACUACCUCUACCAGCUCAACCACACGCUGUACGGGGUGAAGCACUGCGGGACGCUGAGCCACGGCACGCUGCCCGGCUUCAACAAGACGGUGCUGCACAGCCUGCCCCGCAGCGUCAACCUCAUCAUCGUGGAGAGCGUCCUGAUGGCGGCCGCCUUCCUUGCCAUGCUGGUGGUCCUGCUGCUGUGCGGCUCGGCUUACCGGCCCACCGAGGAGAUCGACCUGCGCAGCAUUGGCUGGGGGAACAUCUUCCAGCUGCCCUUCAAGCACAUGCGGGACUAUCGCCUCCGCCACCUCCUCCCCUUCUUCAUCUACAGCGGCUUCGAGGUGCUCUUCGUCUGCACCGGCUUCUCCCUGAACUACGGCGUGUGCGCCCUGGGGCUGGAGAAGCUGGCGUACCUCCUCAUGGCCUACGGCUUCUCCGCCUCCGCCUGCUCCAGCCUGGCCCUCUGCACGCUGCGCCUGCGGCGGCAGUGCCCGCUGCUGGCCGGAGCCCUCAUCCACGCCGCCAUCCUGGUGACGCUCUUCUGCUGGGCGCCCGAGCCCCGGUACGUGGUGCAGGCGCCUCUGCUCUACUCCAUAGCCGUGCUCUGGGGCACGGGCAGCGCCCUCAACAAGACCGGCAUUAGCAUCCUCCUGGGCAUGCUGUACGAGGACAAAGAGCGCCAAGACUUCGUCUUCACCAUCUACCACUGGUGGCAGGCGCUGGCCAUCUUCACCGUGUACCUGUGGUCGGGGCUGCCCAUGAAGGUGAGCGGGGCCGGCAGAUCCAGGGCCGCGCGGGGCCGGCCGCUGAGCGCCGCUGAGCGCCGCU